CAUAAUACUUUAUGAACACUGUUGAUUUUGCUCUUUGGAAAAAAGCUGCUCGUGAGAUCGACUGGUUUGUUCCUCCUUCUGCCGUCAUAUCAAACACUGGCAAAGGUUCCAAUCCCUACGUUUGGUUCCCAGGCGGCAAGCUCAAUACGUGCUACAACACCGUUGACCGACAUGCUCUGACUCAACCUAAUCAACCCGCACUUAUCUGGGACUCUCCCGUCUCCAAUUCAAAACGUGUAUAUACUUUUAUACAAUUGCUUGAACAAGUGUCUUGCAUGGCCGGGGUAUUGCGCGAGUACGGGCUCAAAAAAGGCGACACUGCCUUGAUUUAUAUGCCUAUGGUUCCAGAAGCUGUUUUUGCCAUCCUCGCAUGCGCACGCCUUGGAGUUGUUCAUUGUGUAGUAUUUGGUGGUUUUGCUCCCAAGGAGCUAGCAAAACGUAUCGAUGCAUGCGCCCCGAAAAUUAUCUUGACAGCCAGCUGUGGUAUUGAACCUAAACGUUCAAUUCCAUACAAACCCUUACUCGAAAGUGCCUUGGCAAUGUCCAACCAUAGAGUACCUAUCAAAAUCGUUCUUCAGCGCCCAGGGCAAGUUCAGGCAGAGAUGAGCUAUGACGCUGGAGAUCGUGAUUAUGAAAAAGCAAUGAAGGCUGUACGGGCUGAAGGAAGACAUGUGAAACAAUGCGAGGAAGUUGAUAGUGAGGAUCCUCUAUAUAUUCUUUACACAAGUGGUACAACCGGACAGCCAAAGGGUGUUGUCCGCUCUAAUGGUGGGCAUGCGGUUGCUUUACGUUGGACUAUGAGUAGUAUAUUCGCAGUCAAAAAAGGCGAAACGAUCUUUACCGCCAGUGACAUUGGAUGGGCUGUUAGCCACAGUUACACUAUUUAUGGUCCUCUAUUGGCAGGUGCGACCACACUGCUGUACGAAGGUAAACCCAUUCAAACUCCCGAUGCUGCUGCGUUCUGGCGUCUGGUUGCCGAAUACAAGGUCAAGACUAUGUUCACUGCACCUACAGCAGCCCGCGCUAUUCGCCGUGCCGAUUUACACGGAGAUCUUGCCAAGCAUUAUGAUAUCAGUAGUCUCAAGACUCUUUUCCUGGCCGGUGAGCGUAGUGAUCCAGAGACUCUUCAUUGGUGCCAGGCAAUUGUUGGAGACAACUGUCGAGUGAUCGACAACUACUGGAGUACUGAAUUGGGCUCUCCUGUCACUGCUUUGUAUGAAGGCGAACUUCCUUUACUUCCGGUCCGUAUUGGAUCAGCAGGAAAAAAAGUGGCUGGCUCAGACAUUCGUAUCUUGAUGGAAGGCACCAACAAAGAGUCCACGAAACCCAAUCAAUUCGGAAACAUUGUCCUCAAGCUGCCUCUUUCCCCUUCUGCAUUCUCUACUCUCUGGGAGAAUGAGGAUGGCUACAGGGACAGUUAUUUUACAAAAUAUCCCGGAUACUUUGAUACUGGUGAUGCCGGUAUGAUUGAUGAGGACGGCUAUGUGUACAUUAUGUCCAGAACAGAUGAUAUUAUUAAUGUAGCAGGGCAUCGUCUUUCUACUGGUACGAUUGAAGAGAUCUUAGCUUCUCAUCCAAAGGUUGCCGAAUGUUGCGUGGUUCCUAUGCCCGACAAGCUUAAGGGACACAUUCCGCUCGGUAUUUUAGUCUUACAGUUUGAGAAUGAAACUGAAGACACGGAAAAAAUUAUUCAAGAGUUAAUUGCAGCUACCAGACGAGAUCUUGGAGCGAUUGCAUGUUUUGAACAUGCAGUAAUCGUCCGGAGACUUCCCAAAACAAGAAGUGGUAAAGUAUUACGUCGUUCUGUAAGAGACAUGGUUGAAGGAAAGGAAGUCAAGAUCCCGGCAACUAUUGAAGACGAAACUACCUUGGUAGAGAUUGAGGAUGCGUUACGUCUAGGGGGACUUUUGCCACAAUUGAGAGCUCAUCUUUAGACAAUUUAUUUUCGCUCUCUACCUUUCUAAAAUAAAUAAACUUUAAAUAUUUUGUAAAAUUAUUAAAAAUAAAAAAUCUUUAAU